GACAAAAUGGUUUAGUGGAUCAUAAAAUCCUGGAGUAUAUUUGUAGAUACGGUUUCGUUCUGAACAUCUAUUUCCUGUUUUCAACCAAGGUCGUCCAGAAUCAAAACAAAAAUGUCUGUUAUUAAGGUGUUGUCUAACAUAAGAAAGAUAAUAUCACAGAAUAAUGGCAUUAUUGGGAGCUACUUGAAGUUAUUUCGACAUGAUGACCUAAAGUGGGGUACAUUAGUUGGUGAGGACAAAUUUGGCAACAAGUAUUAUGAAAACAAAUAUUAUUUCAUUGGUAGAAGUCGUUGGGUGUCUUACCCACAAUCAGUUGGCUUUGAUUAUGAUGCCAGCCAGAUCCCACCAGAAUGGCACAGGUGGAUGCACUACAUAGCGGAUGAGCCACCAAGCACCAACCCUCUUCCUCAAAGAAAAUGGAUGGCUGAUUACACUGAAAAUCUCACUGGAACUCCUCAAGAAUAUGUACCUUACACCACUACUAAGCCCAAAAUAGAAGCAUGGGUACCUCCAAACAAGCAAUAGCCAAGUGUUUUGCAUUUUGUUAGAAUUUAAACCAAUUGAUUGCAAGUUUAUUAUGUAAAAUAUGGUAAGAAAUAAAAUAAAAUAAAAAAAUGUUUUGGACUAGUGAUUACAGACACCUUAGAUUGUAUCCUCUAAAAUUUGUUUUACAUCAACUUAGGUUUUGAAAAAAAAAAAUCUUUGAACUUUAUAUUAUGACUUUUUUUCCCCCAUGGUUUUAUUGAGCUCAUUAGGGCUUUUAAAAUUGCAGUAUGCAAACACCACCACCCGUUCAUUACUGAUUAAAA